CAAUUGGCGGCAAUUAAGGUGGUGAUUACCAAACAAUUGUAGUUUUCAUUUCUAUUUUAUACACCCGGGUCAUAACCCGCGAUUCCAGACGGGUGAAUUAUCAAUCAAAUUGUCUUACGCAUUGAGAGAAAAAAGUACAUGUCGCACGACUGGAAAAUUAUGAUAAACAGCCCUGACAUUUAUCACUUAUUGAUAGUGUUAUAAAUACCAGCGUCUGUGAUAUCUGUCGAUCAGUCAGCCACUCGAUUGCCUCAGUCAAGUUUGCUUUUCCCAGCCUCUGCUCUGAAAUGCUUAGUUGUAGUACAUAUCCAUCGCAGGACCCACACAACAUCAUGGAUUCUCUGAAUUCCAAGAGCCACGCUUCUAACAUCACAAAAUUAUCAGGUAUGCAAUUUUCUAAAUAUUUGCACUUUAUUUUAAUUCACACACCAUUUUUUUUUUUUAAAGGGUCUUGUCUUUUUAAUUGUUUAAAAAUUUUACCUACUUUUUAUUUCUUCAUUCUUUUAUUCGUUAUUAACCAAUUCAUUAUUUAUUUUUGUUUGUAUUUAUCUACUUUAUCCAUCUGUUUAUUCAUUUAUAGUUAUCUUUCAUUUUUGUUACCAUAUUCAGAAGCCCCAAAGUGCGUUCGAUGUUCUAUGAUGAUUUAUGAUGCUACACUGGUGUCAUACAGUGAUAAGUUUUGGCACAAGUCCUGUUUUCGUUGCUUGUUGUGUCAAAAGGAAGUAAAUGAUGCAUGUUUCACAAACGGGAAAGAAAUUUACUGUUCAGAUGACUUCAACAGACUGUAUCGCUCACAAUGCGCCGGGUGUUCCUCGGAUCUGACUUCCUCGGAAUUUGUGAGGCGGAUCUUUGGAAGUCUGUACCACGAGCUUUGCUUUAAGUGUACCUUGUGUGACUGCUCCGUACAGACCGGAGACAGAGUCUACCUCCGAGACGACAAUAAACUUAUAUGUGAAAAAGACUAUGCGAAACUACACGGGCAAGAAAGACACGACAGUCCGCUUCAUCCUGACAACACACGAAUUCUUGACACGUCUCUUGUAAGUCUGCAACAAGAGGAUGCUUUAAACAGGGCCUACAUCAGCAAUCCAGCACCGUCUGUUACACAAUACAAGGAAUUCAGUGAAAAGAUCGGACUCAAAACUUCCGUGGUACAGGCUUGGUUUAGAGAGAAACGCUGCCGGGACCAAAAUGUGAUGGCGAAUGGAGAAAAAUUGUCCACAGAUCCAGAGAAAGAUUUCUUCAGUUGGUUAGGAAAGGCAUUAUCCCCGAACUGCGUCCCGCCAAAUGUAGAACUCACCCCAGACAUAAUCAGAAACGGAGAGGUUCUUCUGUCUCAACUACCCAGGGGCGAUUCCCACCGGACAGCUAUGUCCUACCCGUGCUACGCAGAUCGGCAGUGGGCGCAUUGUAAUUCUAUAUGACCUGAUGAUAAGGAGAUGACGCAGAAAGACGAUGUAUUGCAUAAUGACCGUUCAUGUACUCGUGUGUAGCAUUUUUUGUAAAAAUUUAUGUUUUUGAAGUAAAGUUGGUGCAUUAA